CUGGGCCGGAGGGGAAGUGACGCUGCUGCUGGGAAGAUGGCGGCGACAGCGACUAUACCGUCCUCAUCUACGGCUUCGGCCACGGCGACGGCCACCGCGGCGGCUCUCGGGGAGGUGGAGGAUGAAGGGCUCCUGGCAUCGCUGUUCCGGGACCGCUUCCCGGAGGCCCAGUGGCGGGAGCGGCCAGAUGUGGGCCGCUACCUCAGGGAGUUGAGCGGCUCGGCGCUGGAGCGGCUGCGGCGCGAGCCCGAGCGCCUGGCCGAGGAGCGAGCGCAGCUGCUGCAGCAGACGCGCGACUUGGCCUUCGCCAACUACAAGACCUUCAUCCGCGGCGCCGAGUGCACCGAGCGCAUUCACUGCCUUUUUGGCGACGUGGAGGAGUCGCUUGGCCGCCUGCUCGACCGCUUACCCAGCUUCCAACAGAGCUGCAGGAAUUUUGUGAAAGAGGCUGAGGAGAUAAGCUCCAAUCGCCGGAUGAACACCCUGACUCUAAACCGGCACACGGAAAUCCUGGAAAUCCUGGAGAUCCCCCAGCUCAUGGACACCUGUGUCCGGAACAACUAUUAUGAAGAGGCCCUGGAGCUUGCAGGCUACGUACACCGACUGGAAAGGAAAUACUCCUCCAUCCCCGUCAUCCAGGGCAUUGUGAAUGAAGUGCGCCAGUCCAUGCAGCUCAUGCUGAGCCAGCUGAUUCAGCAACUGAGGACCAGCAUCCAGCUCCCUGCCUGCCUCCGUGUCAUUGGCUUCCUACGGCAAAUGGAUGUCUUCACCGAGGCUGAGUUGAGGGUGAAGUUUCUUCAGGCCCGAGAUGCUUGGCUCCGUUCCAUACUGACUGCUAUCCCCAGUGAUGAUCCCUAUUUCCACAUCACAAAAACCAUUGAAGCCUGCCGUGUCCAUCUGUUUGAUAUCAUCACCCAGUACCGUGCCAUCUUCUCAGACGAGGACCCAUUGCUGCCCCCUGCCAUGGGUGACCACACUGUGAAUGAGAGUGCCAUUUUCCAUGGCUGGGUGCUACAGAAAGUCUCACAGUUCCUGCAGGUGCUGGAGACCGACCUUAACCGGGGGAUAGGUGGCCGUCUGGAUUCUCUGCUGGGUCAGUGCAUGUACUUUGGCCUGUCCUUCAGCCGGGUAGGGGCUGAUUUCCGGGGUCAGUUGGCUCCUGUUUUCCAGAGAGUGGCUAUCAGCACUUUCCAGAAAGCAAUUCAGGAAGCGGUCGAGAAGUUCCAGGAUGAAAUGAACUCCUACACCCUCAUCUUGGCUCCUGCCAUCCUGGGCAGCAAUAACCUGCCUGCUGCUGUGCCAGUCACUCAGCCGGGGACCCUGCAGCCGCCCAUGGUGCUUUUAGAUUUCCCACCCCUUGCCUGCUUUCUCAACAAUAUUCUGGUCGCUUUCAAUGAUCUGCGCCUCUGCUGCCCUGUGGCCCUGGCGCAGGAUGUGACUGGGGCCCUGGAGGAUGCCCUUGCCAAGGUAACUAAGGUAAUCCUGGCCUUCCAUCGCGCAGAGGAGGCUGUCUUCAGCAGUGGGGAGCAGGAGCUUUUCAUCCAGUUCUGCACUGCCUUCCUGGAAGACCUCGUUCCUUAUAUAAAUCGCUGUCUCCAAGUACUUUUUCCUCCAGCUCAGAUAGCACAGACCUUAGGCAUUCCAGCCACUCAGCUCUCCAAGUACGGAAACCUUGGGCGUGUGAACGUCAGUGUCGUCUGGGAGCCUCUUGCCUUUAUCCUGCCGAAGAGAGAGACGGUCUUCUGUCUAGAUGAGAAGGAGCUAGUCCCCGAGCUCACCGCUCCGGCACCGGAACUGCCCUCUGAGAAGCCCCGCCUCGAGCCCGUCACGUCGGCAUUCCCUGACGGGGGACGCAGGGAGGUGGGAUCCGCGGAGCCGCCACGGGCCGACGUGCCGAGCGCGGGCACGUAACAGCGCUCCCCGCCCCCGGAACCCGGGUGGCCUCGGGCUUUACUGCAGCGCCCGGAGGGAACGAGUGUUGUCGCGCGUAGGAGAGGCUGCAAAGGCAUAAUCAAAGGGAGAACCUCCCGGUUACUCUCGUAAACGGUUGAUGAUACGAUCAGAAAUGUUAUUAAAGAAUAAAGCUGAUGA